AUGAUCUCGCGCAUCACUCAAGUCGCACGACACCUCGCCAGACCUCGGCCCAACUUCGUGCAUAACUCUGCCUUUUCUGCAGCUUCAAGUGGUACAAUAGCAUCCAGAGUCAUGGCUACGCCGGACGAGCGCCAGUCGCGAACAAUUCAUACAGCGGCAUGUCUCAUCAUUGGUGAUGAAGUUUUGGGCGGCAAGAAUCUGAAACGAGUCGAGGUGAUAGAAGACGACGAAGAUGAGAUCAUCGAAGCUGUACGCAGAAUGAGCGAUCGCUAUGAUUUCGUGGUUACCAGCGGCGGAAUAGGACCAACGCACGAUGACAUUACGUACCAGUCCAUUGCCAAAGCUUUUGGUCUCAAACUCAUCUUGCACGACGACGCCUACAAGCGCAUGGUCAAGAUGAGCAAGCCGCGCAAGUCUGAGCCCAACUUCAGCUGGGAUGUAGACUCGCCCGCCAAAACUGCACGCCUGCGAAUGGUGGAGUUACCGAUUGACGAGUCGCGCGAUCUCUCCAAGCAGGCCGUCUUUCCGCGCGAGGAGCUCUGGGUUCCCGUCUCGAUUGUGAACGGAAAUAUCCACAUUCUUCCCGGAGUACCCAGGCUUUUCGAGAGUCUCUUGGAUGGCCUCAAACCAUCUUUAGUCAAGCGUCUCGUCGAUCCCGAAGGCAAGGGUACCACGAGAAUCAUCUUCUCCACGCCCAUGGCCGAGAGCGCAGUUGCGGGCUACUUGACAGAACUGGCAGCCAAGGUUGCGCCCAAGGGCGUCAAAGUCGGCAGCUAUCCGCGCUGGGGCAAGCAGAACAACUCGGUGACCUUGGUCGGCAAAGACAAGGAGUAUCUUGAGAGCCUGAUACCAGAGGUUGAGCAGAAUAUCAAGGGCAAGCGUGUUCACAUUGAGGGCGAGGAUGAUCAGCCGGAGCAAGUCCCUUUGUAA